AUGCCACAGACUUGGCAGGCUGCCACUGGAACAAAGCAGCAGAUCCAGUCCAGUGACGGUGGAAGAAAGAUCAGUCAGGUUUCCACACUGAAGGAGAUGACGGGGAACAGCAGGAGUUUUAGGGGGCUGUUUUUACUGUGCCAAGUCCAGUGUCUAGCCUUUCUGGCUGCAGCAGAAAUUCAGCCAUGCUGUUUGAACAACAGAAUCAACUGCUCUGAUAAUGAAAAACAAAGAAGCCAAAAUCCAGAGAAAAACCUCGAGCAGCUGCCAACUAUUGAGUUUCUACACGUGUCUGGCAGUUUGAAACGCAUAAAGAGGGAGUGGGUUAUUCCAGCAAUUAACUUUCCAGAAAAUGACCGGGGUCCUUAUCCCAAAUUAAUGGUGAAGAUCAAGUCAAGCAAUCAGGAAAAGGUGGCGAUAACCUACAGAAUCACUGGACCAGGGGCUGAUCAGGACCCUGAGGGGCUUUUUAUUGUUGAUCGGCGAUCUGGGGUGAUGUAUGUGACACAGCCACUGGACAGGGAGAAUACGGCCAAAUACACUCUGUGGGCCCAUGCAUUUAAUGAAGGCAUUAAGGCUGAGGAGCCCAUGGAGCUUAUUAUAAACAUCAUUGACCAGAAUGACAACGCUCCAAAAUUCACUCAGAACCCUUUCUAUGGCAGAGUGAGGGAAGACGCUGACAUCGGCAACUCCGUCAUGAAGGUAACAGCAGUGGACAAAGAUGACCCAGAGACAAACAAUGCUAUAGUAAGGUAUAGGAUUAAGACUCAGAUGCCCAAAGAAGACACAUUUGCAAUAAACCCAGUGAGUGGAGUGAUCAGUGUGAAGGCUGGCGGACUGGACAGAGAGACUCACCCAGAGUACAAGCUGACCAUUGAAGCUGCUGAUAUGGAGGGAGAUGGGCUAACAACCACCGGCACUGCUAUCAUUAGUGUUACUGACAGCAAUGAUAAUGCUCCACAAUUCACUGUCACGUCUAUGUCCACAUCAGUACCUGAGAAUGAGGCUGGAGUGGAGGUAAUAAGACUAAAGGUCACUGACGAGGAUGAGCUUGGAUCUCCAAAUGCUAACACUAGAUACUCAAUAAUCAAAGGCAAUGAGAGGGGGGACUUCAAUAUUUACACAGGCUCCAGUAAAAUGGAGGGAAUUCUCAAAACAGCUAAGGAGUUGGAUUUUGAGAGCCUUCCUGUCUUUACUCUACUGGUGGAAGUUACAAAUGAGGUGCCAUUUACUGGACCGGUCUCAACUUCAACAGCCACGGUCACGGUUACAGUUGUGGACAAGAACGAGCCUCCUGUUUUCAGUCCAGAAGAGAUUCAUGUAAGCAUCCCAGAGGAUGCGAGAACAGAGAGUUCAGUGGCCGACCUCAGAGCGAAUGAUGCAGACACAUCCAAGAAACAGAGUGUAAGAUAUAAGCUACAUAAUGACACUGCCAGGUGGCUGAUGAUUGAUAAAAACUCUGGAUUAGUCACAAUUAAAAGCAGCAUGGACAGAGAAUCACAGUUUGUCAAAGAUGGCAAAUACACAGUUCUAGUCUUGGCUUACGACAAUGAUACUGCCCCAGCUACAGGGACAGGUACUCUGCUUGUGAGUUUAUUAGAUGUGAAUGACCAUCUUCCUGUGAUCAAGCAGAGGAAAGCCAGUGUGUGCAAUAGUGACCCUUUUCCUGUCCUGCUGGAUAUAAUGGACAUGGACGGACCUGGUCAUGCUGGACCGUUUACUGUGGAGCUUCAAGGAGAGCACGGGAUCAACUGGAUUAUUAGCAUGAAUUCCACAAGCAACAUGGCCACCCUGGCUCCCAAACGCGAAUUGUCACCCGGGGACUACAAUGUGCUGAUGCGUAUCUAUGAUGUUGGCAUGAUGUACCAAGACAGCUCACUGAUAGUAGAAGUGUGCCAAUGUCAAGGGGCUGUUUCUACUUGCUCAAUCCCACAUUCUGCACCUCGUCUGCACAGUUCUUCUCUCGCAACCUCAGUUCUGGGAGUAAUUUUUGGCCUUCUGUUACUGCUCUUGCUGCUGCUGCUGUUGCUGAGAAGGAGGAGGAGAUCAGAGAAGGAUGUCCCUCUACUCGAAGAAGUCCCCAGAGACCAUAUCUACUGCUACGAUGAGGAGGGUGGAGGUGAAGAGGACCAGGAGUAUGACCUGAGCCAGCUCCACAGAGGACUUGAUAACCGUCCUGAAGUCUUCUCCACUGAUGUGUUUCCUACUGUCCAGAGCCGCCCAUGCUACCGCCUACAACUCCAAGAAAAUGAAGAGAUUGUGAAAUUCAUUGAGGAUAACCUGGAUGCUGCAGACAGUGACCCCACAGCUCCUCCUUACGACUGUCUGUUGGUAUUUGAUUAUGAGGGCGUUGGCUCAGAUGCAGAUUCACUCAGUUCAGUCAACUCCUCAGACUCAGAUGAGGAGCAGGACUUUCACAGCCUGGCCCUCUGGGGCCCACGUUUCAGCAGGUUGGCUGACCUCUACACAGGUCAGAUAGAUGAAGACGAUGACACAGAAACACUGCCAGGAAAAACAGAAUGGGUCUGACAUGUCCCUAUGUAUUUUUAGAUCUGCCCAAGGUACCAGGAAUGCGG